UUGGGUUGUCCAUUUGUUCGACGAGAAUGCCAUACAAAUGGCACCACAACUUUCCGAAAAUAGCAAGAGAGGCUGGUUUUACGAUACGUGAGCUUUCCGCGGGACAUUGCAUUGAUUGGCGUUUCAUUGCUUCCAUCGAUCCUUACGGUAUUGUCAGUGAGAAGGACUACGAAAAACUGGACGAAUUCAUUCCUCACAUAUCGGAAGUACCCAUCGGGAACGUGUUAAACAAUCGGAUUCUCGACCCUGCGAUUGGAAAAUACUUCAUCCUUGCACAAUUCAGCAUUCAGUACCUGUUGUUUUGUAAGCAAUUUCUAGAUGAAACAGUGCUGGAAAUAAGAAAUACCAUUCAGAGUUUACGGGAGGAAAAUGUGCGACUCGAAAAAUUGAACAAAAAGCGUAACGAAGAAGUAACCGUGCUGCAAAGAAAGCUGCAACGCAUCGAAACGAUGGAACAUCAACACUCACAGCAAGCGGCCAGCAUCGUUUAUCCAUGCUCAAAAUGUACCAAAAAUUUCAUCAGUCCGGAGCUGUUGAGUGCCCACAUUGUACGGAAACAUGCAAACAUUGUCCGGCCAUCGGAAGCAACGUUUGAUCGUAAGCCGUCCAGUACGGACACCAACCUGAUAAAUACUAUCAAACUCGAGCUGGAAGUGAAACAACUGAAGGAACGGCUCAAUGCCGCUGAAAAGGACCUACACAAUCAUCGCACGAAACACCAUCGAUGUCGCGUUUGCUCCGAGGACAGUAGCAGUGCCACGGAAAAACCACAAGCUAAAGUGCUCCACAGCAUUGGAAUACAAAGUAACCUGACGGAUGAUAAGGAUUCAAAUGAUAGAGAAGCACAAACGCAAACAGAUAUGCCAUUAACAGCGGAAUUCGCUCCUAUCACGGAAAACAAACCGAAGGAACAGACACCUUCUGCCGACCUUAUUUCCAGGCUGGAUCUGCAAACACUGUUGGAGGAACAAAAGCAACUCUUUGAAAGCUGGAAAACCGGUGAAAGAAAAAUACUUAACCAGGAAAUUGCGACCGUUAAACAGAACCUAGCGGAUAUAAUUGAAAGCAUGGAAAGGUCUGAAAGAAACACUCCCAUACCGGAGGCAGAGCAGAACGUUUGGAAAGAUCGAUAUCAAGAGUUGGAAAAAAUGUACGAAAUAAGUCAAAAGCAAUCCCAGGAAACCAUCGCGUCAUUCGAAAGAGUGUAUGCGCAAAAGAUGGAGCAGAUGAAGAAAUUGCUUCUCGAGACACGUGCUCCAGAACACGACUCCGAUCAGCACCAUGCACGUUUAACGCAUGUUAACAAAAGUAUUCCGUGCCAUUUAAGCGGUUUAAAAGUGGUUACCCUUCCAACGGUUGCUAUUGAAGGUAGUUCGGUGACGGAUUGCACUAAGGAGAUGGUUCAAAAUAACGACCAAAGCAGCAAUGUGAUAUCUUCCGAAUCGGAGCAAGUCGAAAGCGACAAAGAAAUACGCCCAACCAUUGAACCCCCUAAAAAACCUUCCAUGCAGAUCCCACGUGUCGUAGUUGCUACACCGGAAUUGGACACCCCGAAGAGUUCGAAGUCUCAAUCGCAAUCUUCCCAACGUGCUUUGCUCAUUUCGCCCAAAAAGCAAAUCUUGAAUCAGUUCCGUGCACGCCUAAAAGCGAUUGGAGUUGAUCCCCGAUCGAAGCAACUGUUUGGGGAAAAUUUAAAUGCAGCGUACAAAGCUUUAGCGGACCGGCGAGACUUUCAAAAGCAAAAGCACAACCAUUUUUUCGUCACCCGUAACCAAUUGCUAUCGAAGGUGGAACAAUUGGCGCGAGGGAAGGUAGAAGAGACUCCCCAAGCGAAGCUAAUCGUUGGUAAAAUGCCUGCAGAUCAACCGAUCCUUAUGAGAAAAGGUACGCAACCAUCUUCCGCCAAAGUGCACACAGCACAACCUCGUCUAAAAGCGUCCUCAGCUCUAGAAUUACUUCCUUCAAAGCAAAAGCUACACCUUCCGGAGAUGGGCACAGAUUCGAAUGUAUCGAAAGCGAAAAAAACAUCCAUUGUUCCUGGGUCCCAGGGAUCAUUGUACAGGCCCACCAUAAAACUGACCGAUGAUGACAUCAUCACCGUCCAUGCAGACGUGUCACAUUAUCCUGGCCAGGAAGAAUCCAUCAUUGUACCCAACCCGUCCAAACGGGCUUCUAUUUCCAGCUACGAUCAGCAAGUAGAACGACUCCUGCAUACUCCCAUUAAAUCUAUUCAACCUGCAAACAACGCAUCGAGCAAAACGCAAGGACUGGUGUUGCAAGAAAAUCCUCCGGACAUUAGCGGUAUUGUAGAGGACGUGUCCAUGCAACCAAAACCUGUCCCCAAAAAGCGGGUGCUCUUUAAUUUAGAUAGCGCAGACAAUAUUCAAUCUGCUGGAAGAACACCCGUACCAACCGGACAGCAGCAAACAGUGGAAGAAUAUUUAAGAUCGCAGCAAAAAUAUGACGUCCGAAAGACUAAGGUCGACGAUGAGUCCGAUUGGAAUAUCAGCAGCUUCGACGAAGAUAAAUAA